CGCGAAUUAAACGCAAUAUUUGAAAAACAGAUAACUAUGGAAAUGGCAACUUACUUGGUUUGCUUGACAAGACUAAUUUAUUAUAUUUGCUUACGUACAAUACAAAAAGAUAACAUUUUAUUUUGGUUCUACUGGACUGACUUCUCUGUCUGGAUAACUUUAUAUGUUGGCAGACUCUUCUGGAUAAAUUACGUUUGCGAGAGCAUUAGCGCUAAAUCUAACAAAAUGAAUGCGAUUAUUCAUCGAUUAACAGAUUUUCUUCGAUACGCUGAUCUCCGUGAUGAGAUUUAUCAGUUUACAUUACAAUUAAUACAUCAUCCAUUGAAAUUCACUGGACUAGGCCUCUUCUAUUUUGGCAAUGGCUUUCUGCGAGGAUUUCUUACGACAAUUGUGACAUAUGUGAUCAUCGCAAUCCAAAUGUCUGACGCAUCCAACAUAUAUUCAUAUUUAUUAAAAAAAGAUAAUUAAAUUGAAAUCCCAAAGGAAUAGUAUGUUGUAACACAGGAUUGUUUUUUUGCAAAACAAAAAUAUAUGAAUUCUUAUAUUGUUGACACUAUAAAAUGCAUAAUAUGAAAUAUGUAUAAAUAAUACAUGUAACUUGCAAUGUAUUAUUAUUAAAGUGCAUAAAUUUCUCCACUUUUACUGUGUAA